GGUGUUCCAAUCCCCUCCAUAUCAUGUGAUUCAGGUGUUCCAAUCCCCUCCCAAUCAUGUGAUUCAGGUGUUCCAAUCCCCUCCAUAUCAUGUGAUUCAGGUGUUCCAAUCCUCCUCUCCAUAUCAUGUGAUUCAGGUGCUCCCAUCCCCUCCAUAAAAUGUGAUUCAGGUGUUCCAAUCCCCUCCAUAUCAUGUGAUUCAGAUAUUCCAAUUCCCUCCAUAUCAUGUGAUUCAGUGUUCCAAUCCCCUCCAUAUCAUGUGAUUCAGAAGUCGCCAACUGUCUGCAGAGUCAAUAGAACAGAGCGUAGAGAGCUUCAUGGAAUGGGUUUCCAUGGC